AGCUUUGACAAAAAUAUAUUUUUUUCUAUGUUUUUCUAUAUAUAUUCUCACAUCAAAGUCUAGCAUAGAGCACACAACCUCUUUUAUAGUAAAAUAAAAUGGCAGGCCUCAAGUACUUCUUUCCUUUUCUCAUUUUUGUUGUGGCUAAUCCGUUGACCAUGGCAGCCUCCGGAUCAAAUCUUGGCGGCGACCGGUCGUCUCUGCCGGCCAUCAAAGGCGGCUACUGGCCAUCGCCUAGGGAUUUCCCACCAUCAGCCAUAAACACAUCUUUGUUCACACAUAUUUUCUAUGCUUUUCUCCUCCCAAACGACGUCACUUUCAAGUUCGAAAUAUCGAAUUCCACAGCUAUUUCUCUCUCCAACUUCACCUCCACCCUUCGCCAUGCCAAUCCUCCGGCGAAGACUCUGUUCUCCGUCGGCGGAGGCGGAGCUCGUACAGACUUUGCCCUCAUGGCGUCCAAAGCUUCUUCACGUAAAGCUUUCAUACAAUCUUCUAUUGAAGUUGCACGUAAGUUUGGGUUUGAUGGAGUGGACCUUGAUUGGGAAUCGCCAGAAAGCCCAAAAGAAAUGAUGGACUUCGGCCUGUUACUGAAAGAAUGGAGAUGGGCCGUGAAUGAAGAGGCCCAACUCACUUCUAGGCCCCCUCUGCUUCUCACGGCGGCAGUAUACUUUUCCGUCCAGUUUUUCUUGUCGGAAGUCAACCAUUCGUUCCCGGUGCCGGCGAUGAGAGAAAGCUUGGACUGGAUCAAUGUCAUGUGUUAUGAUUACCAUGGAUCUUGGAGUAAUAUAACUGGGCCCAAUUCCGCUUUGUUCGAUCCAACUAGUGACAUAAACACGAUUUAUGGGCUUAAAUCGUGGAUUCGGGCCGGAAUGCCGACUGAAAAGAUGGUCAUGGGAUUGCCCCUUUAUGGGCGGACUUGGAAGCUUGAAGACCCAAAUGUCAGUGGAAUGGGCUCAAUUGCUGUGGGUCCAGGCCCAGGAGAUGGGGCGUUGAAUUUCAAAUUGGUUGACAAGAUGAUCGAGCAGGAAGGUGCCACCGUGGUGUAUGACGUGGACACUGUCACGGUCUAUAGUGUUGUGAACUCAACAUGGAUUACGUUUGAUAAUGCUCUUACGGUAACUACCAAGAUUGGGUUUGCUCAGGCCCUUGGGCUUCGUGGAUAUUUCUUUUGGGCCUUGAGUUUUGACAAAGAUGACCAAAUCUCAACACAAGCCUCGAGAUCAUGGGUUCUUGACAAGUGAAAAUAAGGACAAUUAUUGUGCUAUUUGUUCAGCAGCUGAUGUGGUAGUACUUUGGGAAGAAUUCAAAGUUCUUAAUUGAGUUUGUUAAUAAGCUUAUGAUUCUUGUAAGAAAAACUCAGUUUUAAUUUCUGAAAAAAUAUUGAAUUGUCUUCCUUCACAUGUAUUUGGAUAUAGUAUCAUGUAUUUUAAAAAAAAAAAAUGAGUGUCAUGUAUUACUCUCAUGGAAAUAGUUCGUGCCAAUGUAUACACUCAUAAGCUAUGCAUUCUUUUUCAGAAACAAAAAUUAAAUAUGGUUAUUUUGUUAUAAUAUUU